CAAUCAAAUAUUUCUACUUCCGGUACCGUUCGUGCGCCAUCUUUGACGAUACAUAGCCCAUGUAUGUUAUUUUUGUUUUCAAAAAGUAUCGAAAAGUAUGAUAGAACACUAAAUCGCAUUAAACGAAGCAUACGUCUGGUUUUUACCGUAUCUAACGUGUUAUAAUUCAGUAAAAGUCUUCGGGAAACAUUUUUGGCGAGAUGUCGCUUGUGGAUUUGGGAAAGCGUUUGUUGGAGGCAGCGCGCAAAGGACAGGAUGAUGAAGUGAGGUCACUUAUGGCCAAUGGAGCUCCUUUUACUACAGACUGGCUGGGAACCUCGCCACUUCAUUUAGCAGCUCAAUAUGGGCACUACUCCACCGCUGAGGUGCUUCUCCGUGCCGGCGUUAGUAGAGAUGCCCGCACUAAAGUGGAUCGGACCCCCCUCCACAUGGCUGCGGCAGAGGGCCACUCAAGCAUUGUUGAAUUAUUGGUCAAGAGUGGAGCAGACAUCAAUGCCAAAGACAUGCUGAAAAUGACCGCCUUGCACUGGGCUACGGAACAUGGGCACAGGGGGGUUGUGGAGCUAUUAAUCAAAUAUGGUGCUGAUACCCACGCCCUCAGCAAGUUUGACAAGACGCCUUUUAACAUUGCAGUGGACCGAGGAAACACUGAGCUGAUGCUCUUGUUACAGGAGGGAAUGCAGAACCAAGUGAACAUGAAUCCAGAAAGGACAAUCCUAAGCAGCACAUCACCUGCCUCUGCCAGCCCUCAGUUCAUCAUCUCCUCCUCUGGAGUGGUCAAUCUCUCUGAUAUUGUUCUCACCAAUGCUAAGGCUAACACAGGAGCUUCAGAGAGUGUGAUUGCUGCUGAUUCAGUGGAUUCUGCCAUCCAGCAUCUUGUAGGGGAAGAUGGUCAGAGAGUCAUCACCAUAGUAACUGACCAACAGGGAAACCUGCAGCCUGGCAACUUGGGACAGAAAUUCUUUGUCACAAUGCAGGGGCAGCAAAUGGUUGCAGUGCCCGCGGGUCAGAUAGCAGAAGAAAUCAUAACAGAGGACACCAAACCAGUUCCAACGCGGAAGCGGAAAUUCGAAUCAACCGUCAACCACACAGAUGUCAAACAUAAGGAACCCGAUGAGAAGGACAGUAGGGAAUUACUGGAACAGCAACUAAAAGAGGCAAACAGAAAAGCACAGGAAUACCGACAGCAGUUACUAAGAAAGGAACAGGAAGCUGAGCAGUACAGGCUUAAACUAGAAGCCAUCGCCAACGGGCAGACCAAUGGCACCAGCACAGAGCCCCAAGAGGAAGUGGUGCUCCAGGAAGAGGAAGAGGAGGAGGUGGUCAGUGAAGAGGAAGUUGUCAUGUUGCCGGAAGGGGCCAUAAUCAUUAAAGAGGAACCCCUUGAUUCAACAGCAGGAGAAACAGUGACAUUAGUAGAGGCGGCAGAUAUCACAGCCACUUCUGAGGGCACGCCGUAGCAGUGAACCCAAAGACUCAAACACUCAGGAAUUACAUACACUCUUCUAGUCUGUGUACCUGGAGUGGCAUGUUGUAUUUAUUUAUUGUAAAUCAUAACCUUUUGUUUUAUCCUUUUUUUUUUUUUUACUCGUAGCAUUCAGUUUCUGUACAGACCUCUACAAAGACGUAGCAUGAACUAUAAAUAGGUGGCCAUAACGAUGCUGAGCUGCUCAGAUUGGCAGAAUAGGAAGAUCAGGUGUGUUCUUUUAACAAACAGCGGUGCAAGUCAUGUAAGUUUUAGUGAUGAUGCUUUCCAAUCAAGGCCUAUUAUGCAACUCCAGUGCAUACUAUACUAUUAGUACGCACAAUAGUGUACUUAAAGGAAUGUUCCAGGUUCAAUACACACCAUUUUGACUCGUCCUUUUCUAGUUUUAUUUUUUAAAAAUGCAAGUUGUGGUUAUAGUAAGGCACUUUUAAUAAAAAUAUACUAUAAAAAUAGCUUAUUUUUUGUUAAAACACUUGCAUUACUUAUUUGAAUUGCAGUGUCUAUUAUUUUAGUGUAAAUCAUUCUUUUUGAAGAUUUUUUAGGUCCGUGAUCUUCUUGAGUAUUGUGCAGAAAUGAUUAAGUUUAGUAUCAUCAUGUGUCAUUACAAGUUGAAUGUUUAUCAAAGUUGAAUGUUUAUUGCCUGGCCCCAUGUCGUGCCUUAUUAUAACCAUGAUUUUUGUUUCUUUAAAAAAAAAAAAAAAAAACUGAAGGACAAGUCACAUUGCAAAUGCUGUCAAUAUAGCUUAACUUGAACACGGAACAUUCCUGAAAUAGUGACAUGAGAGUGAAGGUUAACAGUAUAUCAUAUAAAGAACAAUACUAGACAUUAUUCAGAGAUGAGAACUGUUAUGUUAUGGCUUUGUGUGCCAUUGACUUGCUCCUGCAGUGCGAGGUGUCUUAUUGAUACAGUCAGCAUUGGGUGACGUGGUAAUUGAAGUAGCUGUGUAUUUACUUAAGCAAACUCUUUCAUGUUUUAUAUACUUCUCGCUGUUUAUAAAGAUAACUUACUCUAUUCAGAGUACAAGAUUGAGCAAAGGUUGUUUCACUUUUUUUUUUCUUUUUUUUUUUAUAAAUCUUACAUCAUUUCCUUUGUUCUGUUAGACACUAAAUCACGAUUUGCAUUUCAAAGUUUUGUGCUCUAAAAAGUAUGCAACAUGUCUGUGCUUGCAUUCCAUGGCCUGGUCCUGGUCCAUGUGCCAAUUUCCCAGUUAGCAGCUUUUACAGUUGGUCUUUCAGUAAAGUUACAUCAUCAGUUGUGUUGUUUAGUUUUUUUUUUUAUUUAUUUUUUUUAUGUCAAGUUUUAAAAUGUGAAUGAAUGCCGUAUGAAAUUUUAUGGAACUAGACCUUAAAUGCUCUAUAGAUUUCCUUCUCAUAGAAAAAUGGUUUUGUGUUUUCUUUAUGUUUUUUAGGUACACAACUGAUGAUUAACAUUCCAUAAAUUGAAUUUUAAGGGCUUGUAUCACCAUUAUUGUGCACAACAUAUUUUUGCUCUGUACAUAUGCAAAUAUUUACAAUUUUCUUCCAUCUAAACCCAUGAAUAUUAAGAUUUAGAAGGACAUUAUACUAUUUAUUGAAUGGGAUAUUCACUUGGACAAGACCGUGUUUUUACCUUAUAUUUUUCCCUUGCUUUUUAUGCAUUUAGAAUUUCAGUUGUAUAGGAUGUCAUCAGCUGUGCUUUAUAGGUAAAAAUGUUUACACUUAUUUUGUUGUGAAGUUUGUUUGGACUGGCAGAAUUACUCAUUGUAUUUCAGUUUGAUGGAAGCAAAUGCAUAAGAGUUCUAACUUAAAAGACACAAGCACAUGAUACAUAACAUAGAUCAACAGUUUGUCCCUAAGAUUUCUUGUUUGUAUAUUUUUUACAUAUAUAUUUUUGUAAUGAAACACUAUUGGAGCCUGUCUGUAGUGCACUUGCAGCUGCAUUUUAUUAUCUUUGGUCAAAAUAAAUAUUUCUGAGGUUUGGUAUA